UCGGUAAAGUACGUCUGUGUUUCAAAACCUUUGGGAGAGUGAAAUUAUCAUCGAUACACUCUCAACCAAGUCUAAAACCUGCCUGUUUUUUCAAGGUCAUGUGAACUCACCAAUGCUAAAAUUCGUAAUCAAGGUCACUUUUAAUACUUUAUGUUACACUUUCUGUAGACUCUAUGAACUAGAAUCAGGAGCAUUUACAGAUGUAGCUUAUCAAGCAUGGAAAACAGAAGAAGAGGCUAAAAUUAAAUUGAAUCAAUUAAAACAAAUGGAACAUAAUCGUCUGAAUACAAUGAUAAGUCAUGAAGGAGCUUCAUCAAUUGCUAAAUAUAAUCUUUAUUGUAAACGACGUAGUAAUGUUAAUCAACUGAAAAGUGAAAAAAAUCAAAAGUUAAUGGAAUUAAUGAAUAAAAAGAAGCAACAACAGGCUACAAUCAAUGAAUUAGCUAAAGAGAUUUCUACUUCACAUAGAAAUGCUAAAAUUGCCAAAAAGAAAGUGAUAAAAGAAAAACAUAAAUUAG